AUGACGCUCGGUGCAUCUUUGCAGAAGAAGCCUGCAGGUGCUGUCUCUGGUGCUGGUGCAGGGUCGCGGGCGGCGGAGCUGGAGGUCAAGCUGGGGAAGGCGCACGACCAGCUUGCGGCGAUGCGGGAGCAGCUCGCGGCCGCCGAGAAGGCCAGGAAGGAAGCGCGCGGCGUGUUCGCCGAGGCCAAGAAGCGGUUCGCCGCGAGGAAGAGGGAUGUCGCCGCUCCGGCGCGGGACGAAGUCGAACACGACAACAAUGUGCGGCCGCCAGAACACAAGCAGCAGCAGCAGGAGGCAGAAGUUGCCACCGCUGACGUUGUAAACGGUGAUAGCGAAGAGAGAAGAGGCAUCAUGGACUCCGAGAACAAUGGGUCCCAGGUUGAGGAGGAGGACGCGGAGAAGAAGACCACUGAUAAUGGCGACGAGGUGAACAGGAACAAUAAUAUUGCCGUCGUUGGAGACGACGGUGGUGGUAGCAACAAGGGAAAUCCGGAGGCCGACCAGCUGUGGACCAAGCUUAUGGCCAAAGACAGGGAGGUCUACGAGCUGAGGGCGAAGCUGAUGCUGAGGGACAUGGAGGUCGACGAGCUGAAAGCGGAGCUGACGGCGAAGGACGCGAACAUCGGCACGCUUAUGGCAGAGCUGGUCGCAAAGGACGCCGAGUUCGCCGCUCUGAGAGCCGAGAACGUCGAGCUCACGCAGACCGCCUCCGAGGCAGCAGAGGUCGAGAGGAAGACGACAGCCUCCAAGGCGAGGGAAGCCGAGCGCGCGCUGAUGGACAGCGCGGCGAGGGAGGCCCGGCUAGCCGAGCGGCUGAGGGAGUCGGAGCGCGCGCGGGAGGCGUUGGAGGCCGAGGCGCGCUGCUCGCGCGUCCAGAGCGGGCAGUGGCGCAAGGCGGCCGAGGAGGCCGCCGCGGUGCUCGGCGGCGCGGGUCACCAGGUCUGCGCGCGGGGCGCCGAGGAGACGGAAGAGGACAAGCUGCGGGACGCGGGAGACGAGGGCUCCAGCGGCAAGAGGAAACCAGCCGGCGGCGCCGUACGGCUGCUCGCCGACUUGUGGAAGAAGAGGGCGUCGAAAUGAUCGGAAAGUACGUGCCAGACACGGUUGAUCGUGCCGCACUGCGCGCGUGCGCAUGCUAAUUUGCUGAUGCGCGUCUGAUGUGGGUGUGUUUUCUUUCUUUUGAGGGGGUCUCAU